UUCUCUGAAGCUACUGAACACAACAUGAACGCCAAGGUCCUCGUUCUCCUCGGUCUGGCAGCCAUUGCCGCUGCAGACAGCUUCGAGUCCUACGAAUACCGACCACCUCAGCACUCAAGGGAAGAUUCCUUCGAAUCCUACGAGUCGGGUGAGGCCAAGUAUGACUUCAACUGGGCCGUCAGCCACGAUCCCUCAAGCAACGAGUUCGGACACCAGGAGGCCCGUGACGGCGACCACACUCAAGGAUCCUACUACGUGGAGCUCCCCGACGGCCGCCUGCAGACCGUCAAGUACUUCGUGGACGGCGACUCCGGCUACGUGGCCGAAGUUAACUACGAGGGCGAAGUUUCCCACGAAUCCGCUUCCUUCGAGUCUCAGGAGUACAGACCACGAUACGUCUAUGACUCCAACGAGUCCAAGUAAAUUGCUGACUCUGACGGAUUUUGACAAUCUAAUGAUGAUGAUGACCCUACAUUAUUUAUUUUGUAUAAAGUAUUUAUAAAGUUAAUAAAUAAUUGUGGAUGCAGUAUGUCACUAUUAUUACGCCUUACUUUCUUCAAACUCUGAAAGUUAACUAAACCUUAAGUGUAACAUUUAUGCCCCGGAAUACAUACACAUGCAAACGGUCAUUAUAACGAAUAGUCGGGUGAGGCCAAGUACGACUUCAACUGGGCCGUCAGCCAUGAUCCCUCAAGCAACGAAUUCGGCCACCAGGAGGCCCGUGACGGCGACCACACUCAAGGAUCCUACUACGUGGAGCUCCCCGACGGCCGCCUGCAGACCGUCAAGUACUUCGUGGACGGCGACUCCGGCUACGUGGCCGAAGUCAACUACGAGGGCGAAGUCUCCCACGAAUCCGCUUCCUUCGAGUCUCAGGAGUACAGACCACGAUACGUCUAUGACUCCAACGAGUCCAAGUAAAUCGCUGACUCUGACGGAUUUUGACAAUCUGAUGAUGAUGACUCUACAUUAUUUAUUUUGUAUAAAGUAUUUAUAAAGUUAAUAAAUAAUUGUGGAUGUCACUAUUA